AUGCCCUCAAUUCUGACGAGGCUCUAACCUAGUGGGCCACAGUGGCCCUGCUCAAGUCGUCUUCAACUCUCUCUCUCUUCCUCCUUCCCUCCGGUGGUCGCGUCGUUCCUACGAAGCCAUAACAUUAUUGCGAGCUUCUGGUUCAUCACUGUCAGCUCUCACAUGGCUAACAAGCACACCAUCAUUCUAAUGCAAACUUCUCAGAACAAAGCAACUAGAACCUUUAUGGACUAUGAUUCAAUAAGUCAAGCAAUGGAUGGUAUAUGUGGACUGUAUGAGAGGAAGCUGAGGGAGUUAAAUCCAGCAAUUAGAAAUAUCUCAUACGAUAUUGGAGAUCUCUACAACUUUAUUGAUGGCCUCGCUGACAUGAGUGCUUUAGUUUAUGAUCACUCAAUUCAAGCUUAUCUGCCGUAUGACCGACAAUGGAUUAAACAACGGACACUUCGACAUCUGCAGAAACUGGCACAUUGACUAAAGUGAUGCUGCAGAUUAGUUCUGUGGCAAUCCGCAAAAAAAGAGAGAGGAUUUGUAGACUUGAAUCCAUUAUAAAGGGAAUGGCUAAUGGAGUGUAUAAUUUGUGACUAUCUGGGCUUUGCAUCUGGUCUGUGUUUAACAUGGUGUUGUAACUUUUCUAUUUGUGCGCAUAUCUUCAAAAGCAACUUUUGUUUCAUAAGCUUGACGGUGGUGAUAUUAGGCUCUUGUACUAUUUAAAGAGGAUAUUUCUGAAAUUA